UUCUGUGUCACCGGAAGGCUGCGUUUGUUACCUGAGCUACAAGGAACGGCCGGUUCUGUCCUUCUACGUGCUUGCUGGAUUUGGUUGUGUUUUUCCGCCACUGCUCAUGUAAUGCAUUCCCUUAACCAGGAAAUUAAAGCAUUCUCCCGGGAUAAUCUCAGGAAGCAAUGCACCAGGGUGACAACGCUAACUGGGAAGAAAAUAAUAGAAACAUGGAAAGAUGCCACAAUUCAUGCUGUGGAAGAAGCAGAGCCGAGCGGUGGGGGUGGUUGUGGUUAUGUGCAGGAUCUUAGCUUGGACCUGCAAGUUGGCGUUGUUAAACCAUGGUUGCUCCUGGGGUCACAGGAUGCUGCCCAUGAUCUGGACACACUGAAAAAGCACAAGGUGACUCAUAUCCUCAAUGUUGCAUGUGGAGUUGAAAAUGCUUUCCUCAGUGACUUUACAUAUAAGAGCAUUUCCAUAUUGGAUCUUCCUGAGACCAAUAUCCUGUCUUAUUUUCCAGAAUGUUUUGACUUUAUUGAAGAAGCUAAAAUGAAGGAUGGAGUGGUUCUUGUUCAUUGUAAUGCAGGUGUUUCCAGAGCUGCUGCCAUUGUAAUAGGCUUUCUGAUGAAUUCUGAAGAAAUUCCAUUUAUCAGUGCUUUUUCUUUGGUGAAAAAUGCAAGGCCUUCCAUAUGCCCAAAUUCUGGCUUCAUGGAACAACUUCGUACAUAUCAAGCAAGCAAAGACAACCAUAAGUGUGACAAAAUGCAAGAAUUAGAAAGGGUCAAAAGUUCAUGAGUUGCAGUCUAGCGGAUGAUGGACAACUCUAAUUUCUGAAUUGCCUUUCAAAGCCAUUUCCCUUCUUAUAAAAGUUAAUAAAAUCUUCCUUCUAUCUUGCUUUAUUUAA